AUUGCUCUGCUUAACUGGAUCUCUGUGCCGACUACUUUUUAGUCUUUUAGUGUUUACUCUUCUCCACUACUUCGUUUUAAGAUCACAUCCGAGUUUCUUCUUCUUCUCACCUCUAAGAAAAAAUGGCGAGCAACAUGGAAGUUUUCUGCGAGAUCUUGAUCGCGAUCCUUCUUCCACCUCUUGGAGUUUGCCUCAAGCGUGGAUGUUGCACUUUGGAGUUCUUGAUUUGCUUGGUGCUGACUCUCUUAGGAUACAUUCCAGGGAUAAUCUAUGCACUUUACGUGAUCGUGUUUCAAAACCGUGAAGGCAAUCAUGAACUCGGAGCUCCACUCAACUCAGCUUGAUUUCUCCUUUUUUUGGUUCAUUUACUUGGAUCAAUAUGUUGUUGUAACUGUUUACUGAUUAUCAUGUACCCUAAUAAGUUGCUUCGCAAUUUUAUGUAUUGAAGAUUUUAAGUAUAUUCUGUGUUGUUGAUACAUCGGCUAUCUAUUUGAUGUAUAACUUCUUGUUGGCUCCAGCAAAUCAGGUACUAACUCUGCUAGUGCUAACUGCUAAGUGCUAAUGUAUCAGAUUCUUUGCCAAGAUUUGUACUGCCGGAGUUUAUUCUGGAUUGUAUCUCAUUUUUCGUGUGAUGAUUUCAACA